CAAAAGCCGAGGUCUUCUCUCCUUCCUCUUCUUCGAGCUUCUCUCUAGGGUUUCUCUGAAUAAGAACUCUUAGUCUUCUGCAAUGGCCGCCUCCUCUCUCCUUAGAUCUGCGGCCUCCACCGCCGAGUUUUUCCCUCGCUCCGACCUCUCUCUUUCAUCCUCCGGUCGCUUCAAGGUUUCAAGUGUUGGAUUUAGCCAUAAUCUCAAAUUAUCGAGGACACAAUCAAGCUUCUUUGGCGCUGGAGUUUCGACUGGUUCUUCUUCCUUACAGAAAUGCAUUUCGAGGUGUAUGCCACCUAUCAAGGCCACAGCUACUGAAAUACCUCCUACGGUUCCGAAUUUGUCCAGUGGUGGGAAGACAAAGGUUGGAAUCAAUGGUUUUGGUCGGAUUGGAAGGUUGGUUUUACGAGUAGCAGUUUCCAGAGAUGACAUUGAUGUUGUAGCAGUCAAUGAUCCUUUCAUUGAUACUAAGUACAUGGCUUACAUGUUUAAAUAUGAUUCAACUCAUGGAGUCUUUAAAGGAACCAUCAGGGUUGUGGAUGAGUCUACUUUGGAAAUUAAUGGCAAGCAGAUAAAAGUUUUUGGCAAAAGGGACCCAACUGAGAUCCCUUGGGGUGAUUAUGGGGCUGAGUUUGUUGUUGAAUCGUCAGGAGUUUUUACAACAAUCGAGAAGGCCUCAUUACAUGUGAAGGGUGGCGCCAGGAAAGUUGUAAUUUCUGCUCCUUCAGCGGAUGCACCUAUGUUUGUGGUAGGAGUAAAUGAGAAAACAUACAAGCCAAGUAUGGACAUUGUUUCUAAUGCAAGCUGUACUACCAAUUGCCUUGCUCCUCUUGCCAAGGUGGUCCAUGAGGAAUUUGGUAUUGUAGAAGGUUUGAUGACAACGGUGCAUGCAACUACUGCAACACAAAAGACCGUGGAUGGCCCUUCAAUGAAGGAUUGGAGAGGGGGCCGUGGAGCUGGACAAAAUAUCAUUCCUAGUUCAACUGGUGCUGCAAAGGCUGUUGGAAAAGUUUUGCCAGCACUCAAUGGAAAGCUUACUGGAAUGGCCUUCCGUGUACCUACACCUAAUGUCUCUGUUGUGGAUUUAACUUGCCGACUUGAGAAGAGUGCCUCAUACGAGGAUGUUAAAGCAGCAAUAAGGUAUGCUGCUGAAGGGCCACUUAAAGGCAUUCUUGGAUACACAGAUGAGGAUGUUGUCUCUAACGAUUUUGUUGGUGACUCAAGGUCAAGCAUAUUUGAUGCUAAAGCUGGAAUUGGGUUGAGUUCUUCCUUCAUGAAGCUUGUAUCAUGGUAUGACAACGAAUGGGGUUACAGCAACCGAGUGCUUGACCUAAUAGAGCACAUGGCAUUGGUAGCAGCUUCCCGCAACUAAAUGUAAAAGAGAUAUGCCCUGGUGCUGCUGGAUAGCUCCACAUUUUUAUCACCUCCAAGUUGUUUGGUUGAGAAAGUAGUCAUAAUCUUGAUAGUAAAUUUUUUUUGUUUGGCUUUUGUCACUUAUUAAAGUUGGACAUCCCAUGAUGCAAUUUCUAAAAUAAUGAAAAAUUCAACUCUGUACGAGCUCCAAUGAAUUGCUCGUUGUCAUACGCAUCUGUUUGAACUUUGAGCUGGAUGCAAUGUAUUAUGUAUGGCAUGUUAGUGUAAGAAUUGAAUAUUGGGUUUUGAUAAAAUUAAUGUCCCAAU